AUGGUGGACGCCGACAUUGCCGUCCCCACUCACCAGCUGCUCUACACACUCCCCUCCCUUACAUGCUCCACCAAACCCUGCAACGCCUAUGCCUUCUCUCCUCCCGCCACCCUAACCACUCACCAGCUGUUCUCUCCUUUCCUUCUGUCCCCAUUCACCAGCUGCUCUCUCCUUUCCUGCCGUCCCCACUCACCAGCUGCUCUCUCCUUUCCUGCCGUCCCCACUCACCAGCUGCUCUCUCAUUUCCUGCCGUCCCCACUCACCAGCUGCUCUCUCCUUUCCUGCCGUCCCCACUCACCAGCUGCUCUCUCCUUUCCUGCCGUCCCCACUCACCAGCUGCUCUCUCCUUUCCUGCCGUCCCCACACCCUCCCCACUUGUCUCUUGCCUCCCCAUGCCCAAUUCACUCACCUCACCACCUGCUUUCUCCACCCCUCACCCUCCCCACUCACCAGCUGCCAUGCGGAGUGGUGAAUGUUGCUGCCAUCAUCGAAUGA